GGCUCGCAAGCGUCUCCUGCCGCUGCUCCGGCGCCUGAGGGCCCGCCUGACUUCUCAGCAGUCCCGCGAGGCCAUCCUCACCUGCCUGCUCUGCCUCCUCAACCUGCGCAAGAAGGUGGACGGCGACUGAAACGGAUUCAGAGAGGGAGGGAGGGAGCGGGAGGCACCCCCUUCCCCCAAAUUUUCAGGGCUCGGAAGUGGUAAUCCUGGCACCCCACCUGUCACAGCCCCGGAGCGGAGCCUGGUUCGGAGGGAGGCAAGACGUGUAUCCUCCAAGCACCCCCGUUUUCCCCAUCGGAAGCGACGUUUGGCUUCUCGUGGGAAAGAGGGCGCUCUUCCAGCCAAGAGAGAAGGCGAGCUCAAGAAGUAUUUACCAACUGCUCUCCUCUCAAGGGGAAGAUUAAAUUUUUUGAUCUCAUUUCUUAAGAUCCGCCCCCCCCACCCCCCAAACCAUUCCUCCCAACUUCCAGGCGCUCUGAAUAAUUUUUCUCCUCUUUGCUCAGUAAGCCAAGACCAAGUUCCCUCCCUCGAUUCUGCGCUCUCUCUCUCUCUCUCUCUCCCCCGCCUUUGUUUUCCGGCAAAACUGAUCGAUGAGUGAGUGACUUCCUCACAGAGCUAACUAACUACCGCUGCCCAGAGACCUGGCUUGGGUGACAGCUGUGUAACUUCUGCUAGAAAACCAAAGCAGGUUUGGAAGUCCUCUUGGAACAAUUUAAGAAGCUUCACUUGUGAGAGAGCUCACAAAGGUGGACGCUUGAGGAAAAGAAGAGCAGAUCGGAUCCAAUGGGGCAUAGUCUCCACGGCUUGAGUUUUCUGGCAUGGGAUGGAAGAAGCCAAGGCAAAUCUUGUCACUUCUGAUUUUGCCUUUUUUUCUAUGCCCCUCCUACAAGAGGUCCUUUCUUUCCUACCAAAAGCAGGGGGAGUUUAUCAAGACUUGUGUCCUAGCAUUUUUCUAGGGCCCCUGUAAGGCGUGUGCUAGGGAGACAAUGUCCGGUAGCACAGCAAGAAAGGUCCAACCGUUCACGAUUAGCACCAAAUUAUCUCUACCCAAGUGUUCCCUGGAAUUUCCAAGAGACAGCUGUACUGACAUUCCUCUCGAUGCUCUGAAUAACCAUGACUUGCACCAAAACCUCAAUGAGUGUGUUUCCCUGUAUCUGGCUCAGACGUCUCUGGAGCCUGCUGGAGAAAGAUUUAAAAGCGCUAGUCCUAUUGAAGAAGAGGUCACCAAUGAUGAUUGCAUCAAUAGCAAUUCGCUGUCCCGUUCCAUUAAGAAGAUUACUUUGUCCAACUGGCAUGGAAAAGCUGGUUUAGGGGAAGAAGGGAUAUUCAGAGGGCCUUCCCACACCAGUGCAGAGAAAAAUUACAACAAUAACAACUGCAAAGCAGGAAAAGCGCAAUUCAAGGUGUUUCUCAGAAAAGAAGUGGAACCCAAGGAAGAAAAACAGAAUGCGAGAAGCCCCCAGGCUGGUGACAAUACUCUAGUUAGCAGAGUUGCACCUUUUAUGACUGCAAGCUCUGUUGCAGCACCUCCUUGGAAAGAGAGUACCAAAAAUACCAAACCAGGCAAAGCAGUGGUGCUGAAGCCCUGCAUAGAAAGCAGCAGCCCAGGAGUGGCAGACCUAUCCAAGUGGAGCCUUCUCCUAGCCCAGUUCAACUGUGACAUGGUGCAGGCUGAAAAAUGGAUGCGAGGAAAACUUCUUGAUCUGAAGGAUGGUUGCAGAUUUCAGGAAUGGGAACGGAUAGCUCAAAUAUUACAGAGAGAGAUGAAGGAUUUUGAGAACACCAUCAUCAAACUGAACCAGAUGGGUGAGCAGCUGAUGAUCCAGCCAAAAUCCAGCACAGAGAUAGAGAGACGACUUCAGACACUGCAAGAACAAUGGCAAUUGCUAAAGCACAUGGCAACAAAUCAGACUAAAACAGUAAUUGGGUUCAAGAGCUUACAAGAGUUCAACCAGAAAGCUGAACAACUAGAAACCUGGAUCAGGCAGAAGGAAGAGAAGCCUUUGCUAGCUAUUUUACUACAAGAGAAGGCAGAUAAGGUACAAAUUACCCGGCAGAUCCUUGACUUAAAGCAGGAGGAGCUGCAGUUCCAAGCAGUGCAUGAGGAAUUGAACAGCCUGGCUCAGAAGCUUGAGAAACAAGGGAAGAGUGAAAGCAGAAGUAUCAUGGCACGACGCAAGUACCUGAAUAAAAUGUGGCUUCAGCUUCAGAGGACAUUAAAGGAACAUCAUGAAACCCUGCAGCAGGCACUAGAAGCAGCUUCUUUCCUCCAGCAAGCAGAUGUGCUCCUUUCAGUCAUCCAUGCAAAGAUGCUAGAUGUGACCAUGUCACAGCUUAUAAGUCUUCACCCCAGUCUGGCAGCACAAGUGUCGCUCAAACACCAAGAUAUCAAGGAGAGCUGGGCCCGGUUACAGCAACUGUUGAGGAGUGAUAAUCCUCCACAAUUGGCUUUAACAAAGGAAUGUAUAGAUUCAAGUCCUAAUCAGGUACUGACUAUAACUACAAAGAGUCCAGAAGAAGAUCCAGAAGAAAAGCUAGUAUGGGAGGUGCAAAAGAAUGCUCCAGAAAUCACAGUACAAGGUGUAAGAAGCCAAGAGAACAACUCAGAUUUCUUAGGAAGAGAAGCCAUCAACGGUGAUAGCAGGAGGAGGAGGAAGUUUCUCAGACAGCCAAAGUCUUUAAAGGAUCUGCCUCAGCAAGAGGCACACCUUCAGGACAUCUGCCAGGAUACUGAUCGGGAAAUACAGCAGUUGCCAAGUACUGAUCACAGGUGGAGUCCAGAAAUGGAAGAUGCCCUUGAGGAGCUAGGAGAAUUAUGGGCUGAAUUAAAAAAAAGACAUCAGGAAAAUGGCAAGGCGCUGCAAGAAAUUGACACAGCUUUGCAGCUGGUUGGGGAGCUAGAAGCAGCUGAGUGUUGGCUAGAAACUGUGGCAGGCUUGCUCUCUGAGCCAAGAGCAACAAAGAAUCUUGAUGACCUCCAGAGAGAUCUGCAAAAAGUUGGCACCUUGAAGAACAAAGCUGGAGCCUGGGCUGCUAAGAUUCACACUCUGCAGGAAGAAAUGCAGAUGGUGGCCUCCUCGGAACACACAGCAGCUGCAAUGAUUCAGAGAAAAAUGAAACGAGUAAAGGAAAAGCUGGCCUGUGUGCAGGAAGCUGUCCAGCGCCAAGCAUCUGAUUUACACGAUUCCCUGAUUUUAAUGGAGUUCUUACAGAAUGUCGAGAUGGAUCAGACACUAAACCAAAAAAGCCAAAUAAAGGGGGCACCAAACCAGUUCAGUUCCCCAGAAUCUUUGCAGCUUGUCUUAGCCCAAAGUGCUCAACAGGGGAACAGUAAGGACAUGAGUAGACCACUAAAGGAAUUACAAGAAGCAGUGGAAAUGCUGAACAAUGUAGUGAAGGAACGAGAGCAGGCCUUGAAGGCAGCGACUCAAACCAAGAGCCUGGAGUGCUUUCCUCAGGUCAUGAAAGAUAAGGAGGAAAUUGGGCUGAGCUGGGUUACCUCACAGAUUGAAACAAUCCGGGAGAGAUCAGAAACACUGGCUCAGGACCUCAUCCAAGCAGAGAGGAGUUUUAUCACAGUAAAAAGCGAGAUGGAUCUGCUUGAUGUGCAGGGCAUACAGAAAAGGCAAGAAGAGAUAGAGAGUGAUAUGUCUCAGCUGGAGGGAAAUAUAGAGGAACUGGAAAGAGCAGUUACUCACCUGGUUCAAGUAUCUGAUGACUCCAAACGGACUCUUGAAAUAGUAGAGGCUUGGAAAGAUCUCCAAAAACUGGUGCUAGAAAAUUCAAUUCAUGGACAGCAGACUGUUCGCUUAUGGCAAUUCUUUAAAGGCUAUCUGGCCAUUAUCUCUUGGACAGAGGACACCCGGGCACAAAUUUUCUCAGAGAAUUUGAAUGCCCAGGGUCUUUCAGAAGCCCCCUGGGAGAAUCUGAAGAAUAGUAUGGAGGCUAAAUUCAAGGAGUUUGAAGAAUUGGCUGCAUCAGGGUGGGAGCUAGUAACUGAAGAGCACUAUUUGAGUAAAACGGUGAGCACCUAUCUACAUGUAAAGGAGAAAGAUGGGUGUGGAAAUCAGGAUCCCGACUUUGGAAAUUCAGACUUCAUAUCAGAACCUGCUAAGCAAGUGCCUCCCAGAGUUCCUUCUUCCCCAUUUUCCAGGGUAGAAUGGAGUCAAGCAGCCUCUCAUACCUUCCCCAAGAUUAGUUCUAGCUGCUCCUCGAAAAGCCCAAAGGGAAAAACCAAAGGAAUGGCAGGAGAUAUUCAGAGGCUCACUUUGCAAAGGAUUAUGGGAAUAAAAGCAAAUUAUCUGCAAGAAGUGAAGUAUAGUAUGAGUAACACUUGGCCACCUAGAUGCACCCAGAGGGUGCAAGUCCUGCAGGCAUUGUCCUUACCACAAAGAGAGCUGAUGGAUCAUGUGAAGAAUCCACUAGAUUGGGCUAUUGAUGCUGAAUGUGAUUUACCCAGAGAAACAUCUGGAAAGUGUAUAUUCCUGAAACAAAACACAAGUCUUCAUAGCCACCAUGCAUCCACAGAAAAGAUGAACACAUGUCAGCAUCUUUCCCUGGGAUCUGUUUUGAGCCUGGAACUUCCCAAGGACCUCAGUGCUCUUAGAAAUGUCCAUGAUAUUGUCAAGGUAGCAAGGGACGAGGUAGCAGAAAGGAAGGGAGCGAACCAGGUGAACCAAGUGACCCACAGGAGCACAGAAGAGGCAAAGACACACGAAACCAGUAUCAGCCUGGAAAAAGAAACCAUAAGAGGACAGCGAGUAAUGCAUUCAAAGCCUGUGAGAGCAGAAGGCGUUUCUCAUAAGGUCCCCAAGACUAAGAAAGGCACUAGGUUUGAAGAAGUGAACCUCAACCCAAGCUACGGUAGGCAGAAAACUUACUCUGUUGCUUGUAGUGAAGAGGUGAGGCUGCAUCCUAAAAGUCAAAACAAUUCCAGUGAUGAAUGUUUUGAUUUCAAGCAGAAUAAGCCCCCUCAUACCAGCGUAUUCCAUGAGCAGAUAGAUUUGGAGUGGGAUAAACUAGCUGCCUCACUGGGUAGAAUGGGUAUUUCCAAAGAGAAGCAACUAAAAGAUACAGAUGACAAGAGAGCCAAAGUUCAAGAAGCUUUGAGGUUGAAACUGAAGCCUUUCUCUGCUGAAUCCACAAGCAACCCUGAUUUAGUUUCUCAUCUAACCAAAAUGAAAGAUCCUUUAGUGAAUGAGACGUCAGAAAAAGAAAAUACCCAGUGCUCUGAAGAAAGCAUUUCAAGACACCCAUCUACAUUUCUGCACUUGGGACAUAAAUCCCCCACCAAACCUUCUAAGCUUGAAUGUGAGUUGGGCUAUGAGGAAAAUACUCAGAGUAACCCAAAACUCUGCCCUUUCCAUUUGACCCCACGGGCAGAGGUACCCAAAGGAACAAAGUUGCAAGGCAUGGCAGCAGACGUUCGUCAUCCUGCUCAUGAGAUGUUUGAAGAAGAGGAAGAAGAGCUGCAGGCCAUAUGGAAUAAUAUGGAGAGGCAUAAAAAAGGGUCAGAUGUCCCCGAUGACCCAGGAAGAAAGGUGGACAAAGAGCCAAGUCUGGGCAGUUCAAGUGGAAAACUUCUCCUGACAUCUGCAGAUAAUUGGUUGAUAGCCAAAUUCAAGCUUCCCACUUCUGCUGAGAUGUUACAGAAUUCAGAAGGAGGAAGAAGAGCUAGUCUUGGGGUUGACAAGAGGAAAAACAGACCAAAUCAGUGCAGCAAAGCAGAUAUAUCUUCUUGCCAGGAACUUAAUAAAGAGGCAGCAUCUUCACCUGGAGAAUUGUCACUGCAAAAAAUAUAUCCAGCGGAUCAACAGAAAUUCCAAGAAGAAAGCAAAAGUGUUAGCAAGACUCAUCCAAGUAAACUGGAACUUCAGAUGAUGGAAGGACCUCUGGAAAGAAAAAAUCUGUUGCAGGCAGGAGGCAGAAAGGCAAAUAGUCGUUCCUGGAAUACAUUUCAUACAGUUCUGAUGAGACGAACUUUGUGUUUUUACCAGGACAAGAAAGAUACCCUCAAGCAGAGCUCUGUGAUGGCCAUACCACUAAAUCUGUCUGGAGCUGUUUGUACCCUGGAAACAGAAUACACCAAAAAGAGCAAUUGUUUCACGUUACAGUUGAAUGAUGGCUCCAAGUAUCUUCUCAGAGCUCCAACUGAACCACUCAUGAAAGAAUGGGUUACCAAAUUACAGCAAAACUCAGGUUUACCUGAAGUGGAUUUCUUCCCAUCAUCUUCCCAGCCUGCUCAAGGAAUGACCUCUGCGGUUAGUGCAAUUCCUGGCCAAGGAGUUUCCCACUUCCAGAGCUUUCAGAAAAAGCUUCCAACCAAGAGUCAAGAAAUCAGAUUUCUGCCCAAAUCAAGUGUAAAGCUGCAGUUGCCUUAUAGUGCUCAUAGUGAACCACUGGAGACAACAGGAAUUGGCCUCAGAGCUGCACCUAUUUAUACCACAGAACAGAAUCUAAACCAGUGUUCUCCUUUGGAGUCAGCAAGUUCACAAGAGCCUCAAUUCUAUCAGGAAGAUGACUGGGGACUGGUGACAAGCAAGAGGCGAUCAUAUUCAUUCACUUCAGCUACAUAUCAGAAGAUCACACCUUUAUCAAAGUCUAAAGAACCCAACAACUACUCUGUUACUCUGUACAUUGGUGAGCAGACUCCAACCACUCCUCCACGGCCCCGCUGCCAUUCCUUCAUAGCCUCUCCAGGUGGAGCCCGAGAAAUAGUAGGUGAGCAUAACCAAAGUGCUUCACCUAUCCAGAAGAACAAAUCCGUCUUCAGGAAAUUCUUUGGGAAGAAAGAUUGAAUUUUCAGGAAAUGGGGACUGUGGUACUAAAUGCUGGCAGUGAACUGUCCUUUGCUGGAUAGGUUGAGGGCCCUGACUGGUCCAAGAGGUUCUGCUACUCUGCACCAGCCUUUGUCAUUAGCUCUCUCCCAAGAGGGCAGAAAUUGAAGAAGAGGAGAUAGGCUUUGCUCAGUGAAAUACUCAGCUCUCUAUUCACCCCAGAAGAAAUCAGCUGAUGGAGAGGAAGGACAGGCAGCGAAACAACAAGUACCUUCAUUCAUGUUGAGGCAGAAUGCUAUGUAAUUUCAAUUAUUACGGGGUCUUUCUUUACAGUAGCAGUAUACUGCCUUUCUUUGACACAGAUACAAUCAGGUAGUACAUUCCGAGACACAAAUGUUAUUAAUACUAUAUUUGUAUUCUGGGAUGGAGGAAGGAAUUAUGUUCCUUCAAGUCUUUUCUAACAAAUCUGUGCAUAAUUCAUGAUGGGAUCAAAAAACAAAGCAGUUCUUAGAUGUAAUUAUCCAAGCCAUGGAAUUUAUCCAGGCUGAAGGCUGCCCAGCUUUUUCACCUGACUGCUACUUUUGUGCCUUUAACCAGUGUGUAGACAUUAGCCAGUAAUAAUUAUGUGCUUCAUGUAGAGAGAAGAUUCGUCUUUUCUUUUAUGUUUUUAUUGUUAUUCUUUAUAAAUUAAGCUGUUGUAAACACAGACACUCCAAAAUAGGUCACAGCAGGAUUUUUUUCUGGUCAGUUGGCAACAUUGAAUGAGGCCCAAACAAUACAAUGGAAGCCUGAUCUUUUACAGGAAGGGAAAAAAAACAAAGCGCUUACAACACCAAUUUA